CCUUCUUCUUGCUGGUACCCUUAAUUACGUAUCUUUAGUCCAAGGAGAGACGAAUAAUUCCUGUAUUUCCAUCUCCUGUUCUACCUUGGGAGAGAGUAUGAGUCAAGCCAAACAACUGCCCCAUUUAGCCGAGUAUUAUCUAUGCUGAGUGCUAACGACUCCCCUGGGUUUCAGACAGGAAUUCUUUCCCGGCCUUACGUGGAGAUGCUGUCAGCUCUUUAGGGAAUGUAGAGCAAGGGAAUCCAGACAAUCCUUCCCGCACAGAGAUGCUGGAGAGCGUUCUUCCAGACAAGAUUGAGGCUGCAAAACCACUCCACUCUGCAGAAGAGAUGGUGGAAAUUCCUCCAAAGAAUAGCAGGGCUCCCGAUGUGCCUUUGCAGAUGUCCCAUGGGAGUGAAUGGAAGACAGGUGCUUUGGGUGCAUGUGGCUUUGGGGAAACCAACAGCUCCCCACUGCGCCAUUUUCUCUGGGGAGAAGAGAUGUCAGGGGUCCCUAACCCACACAGUUCCCCUUUGGGCAGGAACAGGGUGUCCAUUACAUCCUAUCAUCAGGAAAAGCGCUUCUGGAAUUCUGGCUUCACUCUUUCUGCUGAGAGACAUAGGUCCAGCAGUGCAUCUCCUCACUCCUCCUGCUUGGAUGAGUUCAAGACUGCAGCCCUGGCUGCAAAUAACUUGAGCAAACCAUCUCAGUGGGACAGUGGAGAAUCAGAGAUUAUGGCUGCUGAAGAAACUGCUCUUAACGGGGAGGCCGCCUCUGACGCCAAACAGUUCUACUGGGAUGGUGGAAAGCUAGAAUCUUUUGGCUCCAAAUUGGUGCCUGCUGGAUCCUCUGAGGACGACGACCCUGCGGUCCUAGCCAUGUUCCAUACUGUGGCCAACAGCCGCUUAGCUGUACGGAGCCAACAAAAGGAUGAGCCGGAUUUCAUGCCUGCACAGAAGUUGGCUAUCUUACGGGAUCUGUAUCACACUAAGCCCCUGGUCUUCCUGGAGCGAUUCCGAACAGUCCUCCGAGAAGAACAUUUGCCUUGCUUUCACCAUCUCUCUGGUAGUUAUGAGGCAGACUUCUACUGCACCGAAGUGCGCAGGGCUGGCCUGGGCAAAACCCGCCACACCCGGGUGCGGAACAAGCGCUAUGCAGCUCUGCAGCAGCUCAUCAGAGGUGGGGAAUACUUCAGCGAUGAGCAGAUGCGUUGCCGGGACCCGCUCCUUUACGAACAGUACAUCGGGCAAUACCUGAGCGACGAGGAGUUGCAGGCACUGGGCAGCUGCCAGCUGGAGGCCUCCUGCUCUCUCUCGGGCGUCCUGCUGGACUCCUACCAGGAACAGGUCAUCCAGCGGCGGCUGCAGGUCCAGCAGGAGCAGGAGGAAGCUUGUGAGGAGGAGGAGGAGGAAGACGGCGACGAUGAAGGGAAGGCCUCUGACCCGGACAUGGACGAGUGGGUCCCUGACCAAGAGGAGAAGGCGUUUCUGCGGGAGGAGUUCACCAGCCGCAUGUACCAGCGCUUCCUUGACGGCAAAGAUGGGGACUUCAACUAUAGCGAGGUAGACGAGAAUCCCGACUUUGACAACCUGGACAUCGUGUCGCGGGAUGAGGAGGAGCGCUACUUCGAUGGGGAGGAGCCAGAAGAUGCCGACGCUAUGGAAGCAGAGUAGAUGACUCUGUGAUCCUGGCCCUGAGGUGGAGGGCGCCAGGACGCCACAGUGAGGAGGCACACGUUGGACUGCCUGCCAAGUUGGGUGGCACUGCCUGAUGGGGAUCAGAAGAACCGCUUUGGAUUGGAGCAUGGGGUGAGUGUGUUUGAGAUCUGUGGUGAUGGAUGGUCUGACGUCUGCAGCAUCUUCUGUAUCCCCUGCAAGAUAACUCCUGUGUCCCCGCUUCCCAGUUUCUAAACAGGAAGAGGACCAUGAAAAAGGGAAGGUCGCUCACUGGACUGGCCAUCUGCAGUCUGGAUCUGAAGCCCCAGGGCAGACCUUGGCUUCUCGUCUGUAGCGACUCCUGGACAUUCCUGUCAUAAAGAUAUCAUUUGGUCUGUUCCCCAAACCUGCAGUUUCCCCUUGGCCUGUAUUGUAAGAAUUGAGUCUUCUGUGUUGGAGAUGAAGCUAGCCUUACGUUACCCACCUGGUCCAGGAAGGGACGUUGCUCAUGGGAGAGUUGAUUUUUCCAGCAUUUGACGAUGCCCAGUGUUUUUUUCCCCAGCAUUUGAUGGCUGAAAAUAAAUAAUCUUUUGAGUGA